AUGGCGUCCUCCCUGGGGUCCGGAGGUCAGCACACGGCAGAGCAUGUUGGACAGGCCGGGGCUGUCUCCGCCUACUUUCCUUCCUCCUCUGCCCUCCCCACCCUGCCAUCAGCCCCCACCCAGUGGGGCCCGUGGAGCAAAAGCCACAGUCACUUCCUGAAGGCAGCGGCCCCGGCUCAGGUCCCACUGGCCCCGUGGCCCACUCGCCUCGUGGCCCGCCACCUGCCUGCAGCCAUGGGGAGCCAUCAGGACUUCCGGAGCCUUCAAGCAAAGUUCCAGGCCUCUCAGCCUGGGACCAGCGAACAACCCCAAAAACCCCCAAAGCCCGAGGUCAACAAACUCCUCAAGAAGUUUCCGCUGCCUGAACUAAACGAGCACCCCAAGAAGCCACAGCCCGAGUUCAGUGCAGUGCCCAGGACACCCCGGCAGCCUGAGUUCACUGGUCUCCCCAAGAAACCCCCACAGCCUGAGUUCGCUGAUCUCCCCAAGAAGCCCCUGCAGCCUGAUUUCGCUGGUCUCCCCAAGAAGCCCCCGCAGCCUGAGUUCACUGAUCUCCCCAGAAAGCCUCUGCAGCCUGAUUUUGCUGAUCUCCCCAAGAAGCCCCUGCAGCCUGAGUUCGCUGAUCUCUCCAGAAAGCCCCCACAGCCUGAGUUCACUGAUCUGCCCAAGAAGCCCUCCAAACCUGAGUCCAGUGAACUCUCCAAAAAGUUCCCACAGCUCGAGGCCACUCUGUUCCCCAGGAAGGCCCCACAGCCGGCAGCCGGUGAGGCCCCUCAGAAGGCCUUGCAGCUGGAGCCCAGCGCUCUUGCCCAGAAGCCUCCACAGCCUGAGCUCAGCAACCCUGCCAGGCCUCCCUCAGAACCCAAAUUCAGUGCGUUCCCCAGGAAGGUACGGCAGCCUGAGCCCAAUGAGGCCACCCCGAAGCCCUCGCAGCCCGAGUUCAAUGCAAACCUCAGAAAGCCCCCACAGCUGCAGGUCGGCGGCCUCCCUAAGAAGUCCCUGCUGCAGGCUGAGUUCAGCGAGGUCCCUCAGGCGCCCCCCUGGAAGCCUGAGUCCAGUGAGCCCCACCCCCACUCCUCGCAGCCCGACCUCAGUGCCCUUCCCAAGAAGCCCCCGCAGCCUCAGCUGAGUGACCUCCCCAAGAAGCCCCCGCAGCCUGAGUUUGGUGACCUCUCCAGGACGUCCUCGGAGCCCGAGGUCAGUGCGCUUCCCAAGAGGCCGCGGCAGUCGGAUUUCAAACCGCUCUCUAAGAAGCGCCCCCAGCCCGAGCACGGCGGCCUCCCCAGGACGUCCUCGGAGCCCGAGUUCAGCCUGCUCCCCAGGAAUUUUCUGCAGGUCGAGUGCCGGGGACCGCCCCGCAAGUUCUCGCAGCCCGAGACCAGCGCUUUGCUCAAGAAGCGCCCGCAGCCUGAGUUCUUCGGGGAUCUCCCUAGGAAGCCCCUGCUCCCUGGCUCCGUGUCCGAGAGCUCACUGCCCACUGCUGUGGCGGGUGGCAGACCCAGGUUCCCGCUCAGCCCGGGGUUCGGAGCCAGGCAGCAGAGACCAGGGGCGCUCACUACCAGUGGAGGGUCAAGGCUGAGCCUCAAACCCCGGCGGAGGCCUCUGCCCUCGGUCAGCAGCCUGGGACCCCCUCCGGCCAAGCCCCCGCUGCCCCCAGGCCCCAGGGAUGUCCAGAGCUUUCAGAGGCCCUCGGCAGCGGCCACAGCUCCACGGAGGAGCCCCUCUUCUGCCGGAACCCUUUUCCAGGCCCGCCAGCCUGCAGACCUCCUGCAGGCCCCGGACGAGAUCUACGAGGUGUACGACGACGUGGAGUCCGCAGACGACUCCAGCCCCAGCCACAAGGACAGAGAUGAAGUGCCAUCUACCCAGCAGUCCCCCAGGAGGCCACCCCAAGACCCAGAGCUCAGGAAGGAGAAGGGCCCCCAGGAAGAGCAGAUGCCAGCCAUGGACCCGAAGGUCCUGAAGCAGAUCCGGAAGGCGGAGAAGGCUGAGCGGGAGUUCCGGAAGAAGUUCAAGUUUGAAGGGGAGAUUGUGAUUCAGACGAGGAUGAUGAUCGACCCCAAUGCCAAGACCCGUCGUGGGGGCGGCAAGCACCUGGGGAUCCGGCGUGGGGAGAUCCUGGAGGUGAUCGAGUUCACCAACAAGGACGAGAUGCUAUGCCGGGACACCAAGGGCAAGUAUGGCUACGUGCCCAGGACAGCUCUACUGCCCCUGGAAACGGAAGUAUAUGACGACGUGGACUUCUGGGACCCUCUGGAAAGCCAACCACUCCCCCGGGGACGAUAAGGCCUGCAGGUGUGGGGACCUGGGACAACCCACCAGCUCAGCCACCUGCUAAACCCAGGAGCCCUGGAUCCCAGCCUGGCGGCCACAGAACUCCCAGACUCCAGCUGACCACAUAAAGCCCCUGUUUAAAGCA